UCACUGCAAAGAGAGAUGGAUGAAAAUGAGAAGAGCUUCACUGCACUGAUACAGUGCAUUGAGGAAGACCACAGGAAACUGAAUGAGAGGAUCAGAGAACAAGAAAAGAGAGAAAUGGAGAAGGCUGAAGGUGUCCUGGAGCAACUGGAGAAGGAGAUUGAGGAGCUGAAGAGGAGAGAAGCUGAGUUGAAGGAGCUUUCAGAGACCAAGGACCACGUCCACUUCCUGAAGACUUUCUCAUCUCGCUGUGUCCUUCCUGCUGAUGGAGACUCGCUGAGCUUCACUGUCACCGCUGAUUUCAUUGCUGAGGACCUGAGAAAGGAGCUGUCAGGUCUGACAAAGAGUGUGGAGAGGAUCAGCCGGUGGGUUGUCAUGACAAGGACUCCAUCAGCUGAUGAAGCUUCAGUUUUUGCCCUCCAGCCUCCUGAACCUCAGAGCAGAGACGACUUUCUAAAAUACUUCUAUCCCCUCACACUGGACAUCAACACGGCACACAGACGCCUCCGUCUGUCUGAAGGGAACAAGAAGGUGACAUGUGAGGGGACAAAAGCCAAAUAUCCUGAUCAUCCUGAAAGAUUUGACCGCUACACCCAAGUUCUGUGCAAAGAGGCUGUGACUGGGACUCGCUGUUACUGGGAGGUGGACUGCAGUGGACUCUUCAUGAUAAUUGGAAUCGCAUAUAAAGGACUGAGCAGGAAAGGACGCAGUGUGGAGUGCAUCCUUGGAAGGAAUGACAAGUCCUGGUAUUUGCAGUGUUCUUAUUCUCAGUACUUUGUGUGUCACAAUACCAAGGACAAUGUAAUCAGCGCCCCCUUCAGCCCCAGAAUAGGUGUGUAUCUGGACUGGCCUGCUGGCUCUCUGUCAUUUUAUAGCGUCUCACACACAAUGACCCUCCUGCACAGGUUCAACACCUCCUUCACUGAGCCCCUCUAUCCAGGGUUUGGGUUUUAUUUUGGUCUUAAGUGCAGUGUAACAAUCAGCUAUCUGACACAAUGUGACCACUGACCAGUACCCCUCACCAGUUACUUGAUGUCCCCACAAGUGCAGAUCCUCUUUGUGUUUGUAGUUUAGGGUGAAAUUAAAUUUACAGGAUGGGUGGGUUGGGUGGUCAGCACCUCUGCGAUUGAAGUUGUGGAUGAGAAUGCGGGGCGAGCGCGGCUGUCAGGGUCUCCAUUAUUAUUGGGUUGGAGUAGCCAAUCAGGUGUGUGUGUCAUAAUGAGGGGUGGAGACACGUCAGACCUACAAAUACCAGUCUGACCAGCAGGGGUCACUGUUGAUUCACAGCCACGACAUUUAGGCUGACACCCCAACAACUACUGAGCCCCCAAGUUGUCACUGAAUGUCACCUGUUAAGUAGGACAGGCAUGUGGUCCUGCUGGAUCAGCACAACUGAAAGGCGUUAUACAGACUCAGUAUGGAGAGCUCUUGAAUAGUGACUAUAUGUAGGAGCAGAGAGUGACAGAGGGGACUGGAGUGUUGUCCACUCACCAGACACAUUUUGACCCUCCAUUGGUCACUCAAAGGGUCCUUCACUUCAAAAUGAAUUCACUGUGAAUGUCUGAAGACGAGGACUCGCCGGUCAGUCAGAUGUCGGCCAUACUGACAGAGU